AUGAAGUUCCUCACUCUUGCCUGCCUUGCCACCAGCGCCGUCGCCGGCGUUGUCGAGCCCCCCACUCGCGUCCUCGAGCGUGACCUCGCCACCGUCACCGGCGUCAUCUCCAACGUCGGCAACGAGAUCGACAACCUCGACAAGGCCGCCAAGGCUUUCUCCGGCGACCAGAAGCCCGUCGUCGCCGCCGCUGAGAAGCUCAUCCAGGCCCUCAAGGAUGGCAAGACUAAGGUCGCCGGCUCUGACGACCUCUCCCUGGCCGACGCUCUCGGCCUCCAGGAGCCCGUCAAGGCCCUCCAGGCCAAGGGCGAGACCCUCGAGAAGGACUUCAAGGCCAAGCGCUCCGAGGUCGAGAAGGCCGGCGCCUGCGGCACCGUCCGCCAGAACCUGGGCGACAUCAACGAGAACUCCCAGGCCCUGAUCUCGGCCGUCGUCUCCAAGGUCCCCAAGGACGCCCAGGCCAUUGCCAAGUCUCUGGCUGACGGCCUCACCAAGGUCCUGAACCAGGCUCAGGACGACUUCUCCGAGGCCAACUGCAAGGACUCCACUGGCGGCGGCUCCUCUUCCGCCUCCGGCUCCGCCUCGGCCACUGGCUCUGCCUCCGGCUCGGCCACCCCCUCGGCCACCGGCUCUGCCACUCCCACCGCCACUGGCUCUGCUACCGGCUCUACCGUUGUCCCUACCGGCAGCGCCACCACCCCCUCGCAGCCCACUGGCACUGGUGUCCCCACCAAGGCUCCUACCCAGUCUCCUCCCGUCACUGCCGGUGCCGCCGUCAUGGCCCCUGCUGGUGUCCUUGCCGCCGUCAUGGCCGCCAUCAUGGUGUAA